AUGGCUCCUCCCCAGACAAAUCCCAACGGCGUCCUACCCGUCGCACUCCUUCAAAAGAACCCCCCAGCUCAGACACCCCGCGGUCCCAAGGCUGCUCAGCCUCGCCUGAAGCUGAUAUGUCGGCGACUUCCUCCAGGUCUCUCCAAGGCCGAGUUCAUCGAGGCCCUAGGCGACGAGUGGAAGCUUGGUGCUGGCAAGAUUGACUGGAUCAACUACAGAAAAGGCAAGGUUUCUACUGAUGCCGCCAAACCCUCCAAGCCAGCGCGCGCAUACAUCCACGUUACGAAGCAGGACCAUGUCAAGACACUCGGCAACCACGUGCGCGCAGUCACUUUCCACGACGCGACCAAAUCAUGGCAGGACCCUGCCCUCGUCGGCCCGCCUACGCUCGAAUACGCACCUUACCCAAAGAUGCCUGGUGGCCGCCGAAGGAACGACAACCGUCAGGGCACCAUCGACCAGGACCAGGAAUUCAAGGACUUCCUUGAGAGCCUCACAAAUCCAAUCUCCAAGCCGCCUGCCGCCGAGAACGAAGGCCAGAAGGAGAAGGUCAAGACUACGCCUCUGAUCGAAGCGCUAAGGGAAAAGAAGGCCAACAGAGAUAAGCCGAGCGCAAAGGCAAAUAGACAAGGCCGUGGAGAAGCCAAGGACGACGGUGGUGAGAAGAAGAUUCUUGCAAAGCCGGGCAAGGAGAACGCUCUGAAUUCGAAUGACAAGAAUCGUCGGCUGAGCAAGGCUGACAAGGCCCAAGCCACCAAGGAGGCCGUAAAGAUCCUUAACAAGGAAGCAUCGUCCUCCAAAUCAUCUGCUGCGACAGCCUCGGCGGACAAGUCUUCUGCCAGCCCAGCACCCGAGCGCAAGCGUGGCAAUGUUGCACUCGCAAAGUCAAUGCUGCAGCGUGACCUCGGUGUAGGGCCUGCUCCCAACCGUCGCCGUGGAACCAAGCGCGAGGUUGGUACAGCUGCGCCAGAUACCAACGCUCAGGCAAAGGAGACCAAAGCAUCCGACGACAAGGCCAAAGAAGCGCCUGUCGCACGACCGGCUGCAUCAACUCCGGACAAGAACGCCCAGGCAAGCAGAAAGGAGCGCCCAACUCGAGCAGAACGACGCGCAUUCAAGGCCAAUCAGGGCGACAAGCCCAAUGAGAAGGCCAACAGUAGUGAUGUGAAGCCGCAGACGCCACUGAAGACUCCUGCGCCUCAGAUCCUCAAGAAACCUCAAACCCCGAACCCACCCAAGGGUCCAGCUGCUUCUCGAGCGCCUCCGACCGAGCCUGCUGCUGCCAGAAAUAGCCCCGCUCCACCACAAUCACAAUCUACUCCGGCCAAGGUGGAGACGGCAUCCGCUCAAGCGCAUAACAAUGCCGCAAAAGCAACACCAGCCAACCCCGUGCCUUCGCCUACGAGCAAGCAAGCUUUCCUCAAGCAUGCCAACCCCAGCCAGGGCAUUACUGAGCCCCUCAUCGAAGAAGUUAUGAAGACCUUCGGAGGCAUUGACAAAGUCGAAAUCGACAAGCGUAAGGGCUUCGCCUAUGUCGACUUUGCCGAACCCGAGGGUCUACGAAAAGCCAUGGCUGCUAGCCCAAUCAAGAUUGCACAAGGCGCUGUUCAGGUUCUUGAGCGGAAAGAAAAGGUCACCAGGAAUCCUCGCUUCAAUGGUCCGCCGACUGGACCUGCUCGUGGCGGUACGAGGGGUGGCUUUGCACCGAGAGGUGGACGGGGCGGUCGCGGGGGUGCUAGAGGUGGAGGGCAUGUUGGUGCUGUACCUGCUGCGGGUGCUGGCGAGUCUGCUUCUAGUGCACCUGCUGCUGCCGCUGCUGCUGCUUCGGCUUCGGCUCCGGCUCCAGCACCAGUUGCCAAUGCCGAUGCCGCCACGUGA